GCCAGAGUCCGCUCCGUAUGAAAACCACGCUUCCUAAAACAGAUAAGGAUCCCGCGAUGCAAUACUGCCAGCUGCUGCCCGUGAAGCAACUUCCACGUCAGAGAGGAGCGGAGAGAGACCUUCGUUGUCCCUUAUCAGCUGCCGCCUGCACCGUACCUGUUCACGGAAUAGCCAACAGGCAGGUAUGCAGCUGUUUCUGCUUCUCACUACGGAAGAAGUUUGUCGCGUAGGCGUCUGUUGUUUUCAGGCAAACUGGGUUUACAGUAAAGCCUCGGGACAGUUCGAGCUGUAACUGACAGUAACGUUUAUUCUCACGCCAUAUUUCCUCGAUACAUGGUCGAGGCUGUCAGGGACGAAUAAUUUAAAUCAAACAACGGUUAACUACAGCACCAGUCCAGCAUGUCAGGGAUGACAGCCAGUACAGCAAACUACCUGUGGUCUUUACAAGAUGUCCUCGGCCAAGGGGCUACUGCCAAUGUCUACAAGGCACGCCAUAAGAAGUCAGGUGAACUGGUAGCCGUCAAGGUGUUUAAUGUGGUGAGCUACAACCGUCCCCAUGAGGUCCAGAUGAGAGAGUUUGAGAUGCUGAGGAAGCUCAACCACAGCAAUAUUGUCAAGCUGUACGCUGUGGAAGAGCUGCCCUCUAAACAGAAGGUGCUGGUGAUGGAGUAUUGUUCAGGAGGAAGUCUGCUCAGCCUUCUCGAAGAGCCAGAAAAUGCCUUUGGUCUGCCCGAAACAGAGUUCCUCACAGUUUUGCAGUGUGUAGUGCAGGGAAUGAACCACCUGCGGGAAAAUGGAGUGGUACAUCGGGACAUUAAGCCAGGCAACAUCAUGCGGCAGGUUGGGGAGGAUGGCAAGUCUGUUUAUAAGCUGACUGACUUUGGAGCAGCAAGAGAGCUGGAAGAUGAUGAGAAGUUUGUGUCUAUCUAUGGAACUGAAGAGUAUCUGCACCCAGACAUGUAUGAGCGUGCUGUGCUACGUAAGCCUCAUCAGAAAUCCUACGGCGUGAGUGUAGACCUGUGGAGUAUUGGUGUGACAUUUUACCACGCUGCCACUGGGGGUCUUCCCUUCACACCGUAUGGGGGACCCCGCAGGAACAAGCCAACCAUGUAUAAAAUAACUACAGAGAAGCCUAUGGGGGCAAUAGCUGGAAUACAGCGGGUGGCGGACGGGCCUAUAGAGUGGAGCUACCACCUACCUCACAGCUGCCAACUCUCACAGGGUCUUAUGGUGCAGCUGGUUCCAGUACUAGCUGGGAUACUAGAGGCUGACCAGGAGAGGUGCUGGGGCUUUGACCAGUUCUUCACUGCCACCACAGACAUACUCCAGCGGCAGCCAGUUCACCUCUUCUCUUUGCAACAGGCCAUGGCGCAUUGCAUCUACAUACACCACUACAACACGGUGUCAGUAUUCUUCGAGGAGGUGGCGUCACAGACAGGUAUAGGAGUACAGCUGCAACAUCUGCUAUACCUGGGUCACGACCUCCCUCUGGAGGGCAACAUGAAGGUGGUCAACCUCCCGAAUACUUCACCUGCGCGGCCCCUCAUUCUUCUCAGCUACGGGCCUGAAGCAAAUACCAGCCUACCCUUCAGAGAGCCGGAUACUCCAGUCAUCCCGUCCAAGUUUGACGUAAUAGUAGACUACAACUUCUCAAAGGUAAUAGUGGGAGUGGUCCACCAGUAUCUAAGGAUAAUACAGCUGCUGCACACACACCGAGAGCUGCUACUGCAAGGAUAUUACAGCUACAUGAUGAGAUUGCGAAAGGAGUGUGGAGAAGCAAUGCACGGUAUUGCGAUGAUCACCAUUAGACUGCAGUCUUGCUUCAAUGUAGAACACAGGAUACACACACUAGGCCAUUACGCUUCAGAAAACCAAGGUUCAGCUGAUAACAGUCAAAAGCUGCAGCUGGUUCAUAAGCACUUGCCGAUAUACGCUGCCAGCAUCCAAGAGUUUCAGAACCGACUGGACCAUCUGCAGAUAGAACAGGCCAAGCUAGCAGAGACGCUGGCCAAUGACAAAAGCUGUCAGAAGAUGGAGAUGCUGCUGCAGAAGAUAAUGGCAAUUCAUCAGCAUUAUCGUAAAGACAGAAUUACUGGUGAGUUGGCAUAUAAUGAUGAGCAAAUCCACAAGUUUGAGAAAAUCCACCUGUCGUCCCACAUUAAGCGAGUGAAGUCGCUCUUCAGAGAGGACUGUGUGCAGAGAUACAAAGAGCUUUUGGCCUCAACAAGGACGUGGAGCAGUGUUUUACUAGAGAUGCAGACCCGACUGCAGGACUUCAGCUCUUUCUCCACAGGCUUGUUGGCAGACCUGGAGAUGAGUGAGCAGUGCCAAAAUAAGUCUCUGGAUAGAAUCCUUUUCAGUCUGCAGUCCAAGAGAGCAGGACAACAGCCUGGAAUUACAUCAACGGACAAGGACCAGAUGGUCUCCAGGAUGCACCAUCUGAAGGAGGAAAUGGAGAUCUUGGUGAGGGAGCUACAGUGUAACAACAGCAUUAUUGAGAGUCUGGGAGUAGUGAACUCUACAGCAGCUCUGGAGCCUAGCUUGGCCAGACCUUCUACACUGUGACAGAAGUGCAGCAUCUUUGGAUCUCAACUCACACAUGCACAUAGACUCUGACAAGCACCUGUUUUUAACUGCCACUCAUGAACAGUUGUGGACAGUGUACUGGAUUGCCUUUCAAGGACCGGCUGCAGCUCUUGCUGCAGGAAGACGAAGCAGCCGAAGACGAUCAAUAAAAUGUGAAUCUCAAUUUAGAGAUAAGAUGCACAGAAUGGAGAAGGAGGAAACGGCAUUGAUGGAUUUUUACUCAGUGUGUGUGUGUGUGUGUGUGGGGCUGGCAACCGAGUACAGCAGUUCAAUAUAAACCUCGUUAAUGCCUUUAGUGUUAUUGUAUUUCUAAUAGGCAGCCACAGUGAUGAACCGUCAGGAUAAAGCACAAUGUCUGCCAAGUCAGCUGCUGUGUUUUUCUAAGGCUGUUCUUCUUUCUCCCUCAGAAGCUCUGCGACAUCUGGAGAUCCUUAAAUUAUUGAUUUAAUUAGACUGAUUGUAUACCUCUCUGUCUGUGUAUGUAUGUACGGUAUGUAUACGUGUGUGUCUGUGUGUGUGUGUGUGUCUGUGUGUGCGCUGAAGGAAGAGCUUAACUUGUCUGCUGUCUUUUUCUCUCGUGGUUGAUCAUUCAAAUGCUUUCACGUGACUUAAUUUUUAGGUUGACCUCAAGUAUAUCAUUGUCAUUUCAAAGAAUGAAUAGUGAUUGAUUACGUCACUGAUUGAUUGUCUGCUGAUUGUGCUCUCCAGGCACACAGCACUGUAGUUUUGAUGUUACAUUUGUCUGUCUUUCUGUUGAUUUUUAACUUAAAUGAUUAGUUAUUUCUCUGUAUUAUCAUAGGUUUCACUGUAAAAGAGAAGUAACAAAGUCAGGGAAACUCAGCGCUCACCACAGCAUCUCCUUUUAAACAGAAGUACAUAAAGCCAACACAGUCCAGUGACAUUACAACAAAUUAACAGGCUGAAAUGACAUUAGCCAGUGUAGUUCAAAUGCUGGGGAAAUCCCAGGGUUUGGUAUUUGUUUAUAAAGGGGUCACGUGUGAUGUCUGAGUGUCGACAAAAUUGUAAGAUAUACUUUUGCUGUACUUAUAAACAUUUUUGCUAUA